CAGAUGGCUGAAAGCUAGCAAGGAAAAUUCAGGACCAUGAUGGCUCAGUUUCCCACCACUAUGAAUGGAGGGCCAAAUAUGUGGGCUAUUACCUCUGAAGAACGGACUAAGCACGACAAGCAGUUUGAUAACCUUAAACCCUCCGGAGGUUACAUAACGGGUGAUCAGGCGCGAACCUUUUUCUUACAGUCAGGACUGCCAGCUCCUAUCUUAGCUGAAAUAUGGGCUUUAUCAGACCUGAACAAGGAUGGGAAGAUGGAUCAGCAAGAAUUCUCCAUCGCUAUGAAGCUCAUCAAGCUCAAGCUUCAAGGCCAGCAGCUGCCCAUGGUUCUUCCUCCUAUUAUGAAGCAACCUCCUAUGUUCUCUCCAUUAAUUUCUGCUCGUUUUGGAAUGGGAAGCAUGCCCAACCUGUCCAUCCCUCAGUCGAUGCCCCCAGUCGCACCUGUAGCAACGCCCUUGUCCUCCGCAACUUCAGGGAGCACCCUCCCUCCCCUGAUGAUGCCUGCACCCCUGCUGCCUUCCGUCAGCACGUCUUCCUUACCAAAUGGAACAGCAAGUCUCGUUCAGCCUUUAUCCAUUCCUUAUUCUUCUUCAACCUUGCCUCAUGGGUCAUCUUACAGUCUGAUGAUGGGAGGAUUUGGCGGUGCUAGUAUACAGAAAGCCCAGUCUCUGAUUGAUCUAGGAUCUAGUAGCUCAACUUCCUCAACUGCUUCACUCUCAGGGAACUCGCCCAAGACUGGGACCUCAGAGUGGGCAGUUCCUCAGCCUUCAAGAUUAAAAUAUCGGCAGAAAUUUAAUAGUCUUGACAAAAGCAUGAGUGGAUACCUCUCAGGUUUUCAAGCCAGAAAUGCCCUUCUUCAGUCAAAUCUCUCUCAAACCCAACUAGCUACUAUUUGGACUCUGGCCGACAUCGAUGGUGACGGACAACUAAAAGCUGAGGAAUUUAUCCUCGCCAUGCACCUCACUGACAUGGCCAAGGCCGGACAGCCGCUGCCGCUGACUUUGCCUCCCGAGCUGGUGCCUCCGUCGUUCAGAGGAGGAAAGCAAAUUGAUUCUAUUAAUGGAACUCUGUGUUCAUAUCAGAAAAUACAAGAAGAGGAACCUCAGAAAAAAUUACCAGUCACCUUUGAGGACAAGCGAAAAGCCAACUACGAGCGAGGGAACAUGGAGCUGGAGAAGCGCCGCCAGGCCCUGAUGGAGCAGCAGCAGAGGGAGGCAGAGCGGAAGGCCCAGAAGGAAAAGGAAGAGUGGGAGCGGAAGCAGCGGGAAUUACAGGAGCAAGAAUGGAAGAAGCAGCUGGAACUAGAGAAGCGCCUGGAGAAGCAGCGGGAACUGGAGAGACAACGGGAGGAAGAGAGGAGGAAAGAGAUAGAAAGACGAGAGGCAGCAAAACAGGAGCUUGAGCGGCAGCGUCGGUUGGAAUGGGAGAGGAUUCGUCGACAGGAGCUUCUCAGUCAGAGGAGUAGAGAGCAGGAAGAAAUCGUCAGGUUAAACUCUAAAAAGAAGAGUCUGCACCUCGAGUUGGAAGUACUGAACGGCAAACACCAGCAAGUCUCAGGCCGCCUGCAGGAUGUGCGGCUCCGAAAGCAAACGCAGAAGACUGAGCUGGAAGUCUUGGAUAAGCAGUGUGACCUGGAAGUAAUGGAAAUCAAGCAGCUUCAGCAAGAACUUCAGGAAUAUCAAAACAAGCUUAUCUAUUUGGUACCUGAGAAGCAAUUGUUAAAUGAAAAAAUUAAAAACAUGCAGCUCGGUAAUACACCAGAUUUGGGCAUUGGUUUACUUCAUAAAAAAUCACUAGAAAAAGAAGAAUUAUGCCAAAGACUUAAAGAACAGUUAGAUGCUCUUGAAAAAGAAACUGCAGCUAAACUCUCUGAAAUGGAUUCAUUUAACAAUCAACUAAAGUGUGGGAAUAUGGAUGACUCUGUUCUCCAGUGCCUUUUGUCUCUGCUAAGCUGUCUCAACAACCUCUUCCUCUUACUUAAGGAACUGAGAGAAAGCUACAAAACACAGCAGUUAGCCCUUGAACAGCUUCAUAAGAUCAAACGUGACAAGCUGAAGGAAAUUGAAAGAAAAAGAUCAGAACUAAUACAAAAAAAGAAACUAGAAGAUGAGGCUGCAAGGAAAGCAAAGCAGGAAAAAGAAAACUUGUGGAGAGAAAGUCUUAGAAAAGAGGAAGAAGAAAAACAAAAGCGACUCCAAGAUGAAAAAACACAAGAAAAAGUUCAAGUGGAAGAGCGGAAAGCUGAGGAAAAACAAUGUAAGGGCGAGCAGUCUAGGACUUCGGUGAAUUACAAAGCAUUAUAUCGCUUUGAAGCAAGGAACCAUGACGAGAUGAGUUUUAAUGCUGGGGAUGUAAUACAGGUUGAUGAAAAGACAGUAGGGGAGCCUGGUUGGCUUUAUGGUAGUUUUCAAGGAAACUUUGGCUGGUUUCCAUGCAACUAUGUAGAAAAGAUAUCAUCGAGUGAAAAAGCCGUGUCUCCCAAGAAGGCCUUACUCCCCCCUACAGUGUCUGUACCUGCUACCUCAACUCCCUCUGAAUCACUUUCCUCAGAUCAGCCAGCAUCAGUGACUGAUUAUCAAAAUGUGUCUUUUUCAAACCUAACUGUUACUACAUCAUGGCAGAAAAAGUCAGCGUUUACUCGCACUGUGUCGCCUGGAUCAGUAUCACCUAUUCACGGACAGGGACAGGUUGUAGAAAACCUAAAAGCUCAGGCCCUUUGUUCCUGGACUGCAAAGAAAGAUAACCACUUGAACUUCUCAAAGCAUGAUAUUAUUACUAUCUUGGAGCAGCAAGAAAAUUGGUGGUUUGGCGAGGUGCAUGGAGGAAGAGGAUGGUUUCCAAAAUCUUAUGUCAAAAUCAUACCUGGGAGUGAAGCGACAAAGCGGGAAGAACCAGAAAGUUUGUAUGCAGCUAUAAAUAAGAAGCCUACCUCCGCAGCCUAUGCAGUUGGAGAAGAGUAUAUUGCACUUUAUCCAUAUUCAAGUGUAGAGCCUGGAGAUCUAACAUUUGCUGAGGGUGAAGAGAUACUGGUGACCCAGAAAGAUGGAGAAUGGUGGACAGGAAGCAUUGGAGAUAGAACAGGGAUUUUUCCAUCAAAUUAUGUGAAACCAAAAGAUCAAGAGAGUCUUGGGAGUGCAAACAAAUUGGGAACAUCAAACAAAAAACCUGAGAUUGCUCAGGUAACUUCAGCAUAUGUGGCUUCUGGUUCUGAACAACUUAGCCUUGCACCAGGGCAGUUAAUACUAAUUCUAAAGAAAAAUACAAGUGGAUGGUGGCAAGGGGAGUUACAGGCCAGAGGAAAAAAGCGACAGAAAGGAUGGUUUCCUGCCAGCCACGUUAAACUUUUGGGUCCAAGCAGUGAAAGAACUGCACCUGCCUUUCAUCCUGUGUGCCAGGUGAUCGCUAUGUACGACUAUACGGCAAACAACGAGGACGAGCUCAACUUCUCCAAGGGACAACUCAUUAACGUUUUGAACAAAGAUGACCCUGACUGGUGGCAAGGAGAAGUCAGCGGGGUGACUGGCCUCUUUCCCUCAAACUACGUCAAGAUGACGACGGACUCAGAUCCGAGCCAGCAAUGGUGUGCUGAUCUCCAGACCCUGGACACCAUGCAGCCAACUGAGAGGAAGAGGCAGGGAUACAUCCACGAGCUCAUUCAGACCGAGGAGCGCUACGUGGACGACCUGCAGCUGGUGGUGGAGAUUUUUCAGAAACGGAUGGCUGAGUCAGGCUUUCUCACUGAAGGAGAAAUGGCCUUGAUCUUUGUUAACUGGAAAGAGCUCAUCAUGUCCAACACAAAGCUGCUGAAGGCCCUGCGGGUGCGGAAGAAGACUGGGGGUGAGAAGAUGCCGGUGCAGAUGAUGGGGGACAUCCUGGCCACGGAGCUGGCCCACAUGCAGGCUUACAUCCGCUUCUGCAGCUGCCAGCUUAAUGGGGCAGGCCUGUUACAGCAGAAGACCGAUGAAGAUGUGGACUUCAAAGAGUUUUUAAAGAAGCUGGCAUCUGACCCUCGAUGUAAAGGGAUGCCCCUUUCCAGCUUCCUGCUGAAGCCCAUGCAGAGGAUCACACGCUACCCUCUGCUCAUCAGAAGUAUUCUGGAGAACACCCCAGAGACCCACGUAGACCACUCCUCCCUGAAGCUGGCCCUCGAGCGGGCAGAGGAGCUUUGCUCGCAGGUCAACGAGGGGGUCCGGGAGAAGGAGAACUCGGACCGGCUGGAGUGGAUCCAGGCGCACGUGCAGUGUGAGGGGCUGGCAGAGCAACUUAUUUUCAACUCCCUCACCAAUUGCCUGGGGCCCCGGAAGCUUCUGCACAGCGGGAAAUUGUACAAGACCAAGAGCAACAAGGAGCUUCACGGGUUCCUCUUCAACGACUUCCUGCUUCUCACCUACAUGGUCAAGCAGUUUGCGGUCUCCUCGGGCUCCGAGAAACUCUUCAGCUCCAAGUCCAACGCUCAGUUCAAAAUGUAUAAGACGCCCAUUUUCCUGAAUGAAGUCCUGGUGAAACUGCCCACCGACCCUUCCAGCGAGGAGCCAGUCUUCCACAUUUCUCACAUCGACCGAGUUUACACACUCCGAACAGACAACAUCAACGAGAGGACUGCCUGGGUCCAGAAGAUCAAGGCCACGUCCGAGCAGUACAUCGACACGGAGAAGAAGAAGCGGGAGAAGGCUUAUCAAGCUCGCUCUCAAAAGACUUCUGGCAUUGGGCGUCUGAUGGUGCAUGUCAUUGAAGCAACAGAAUUAAAAGCCUGCAAACCUAACGGAAAGAGCAACCCAUACUGUGAAAUCAGCAUGGGCUCCCAGAGCUACACAACCAGGACACUCCCGGACACACUAAACCCCAGGUGGAAUUUUAACUGCCAGUUCUUCAUUAAGGAUCUUUACCAAGAUGUGCUGUGUCUCACCAUCUUUGACAGAGACCAGUUUUCACCAGAUGAUUUCCUGGGCCGCACUGAAGUUCCAUUGGCAAAAAUCCGAACAGAACAGGAAAGCAAAGGCCCUACGACGCGCCGGCUCCUGCUGCACGAGGUCCCCACGGGGGAGGUCUGGGUCCGCUUUGACCUGCAACUCUUUGAGCAAAAACCUCUUCUGUAGGAGCCUUAGGGAUCUGCCCGCCCACCCAGGGCUGGAGACACGCAGCUACCGGCACCCCCCGGGAAUGAAGAGCAUCCCCGGCUUCACGCAUCACAGGGCCACGCACGCUGGGUCCCCUAUUUUAUUGCACACUAAAUUGCUAGCGAUCUAUGCAAACAUGAUCUCUUCUUAUAAACCAAACCCCACAGCACAGUGCCUUGUAUUAGCGUUAACACGUUGGGCUGUGUCUGGAUGCCAAGGUUUCCAUCUUCAGGGCUAUAAAAGUAUUAUGUGGAAAUGAGGCAUCAGACCACCAGACGUGACCACUGGUUGCACGUGUCCCCGUAGGUGGCUUGGGUGACGCCCACCACGUGACCCCUGUGGUCAUGGCGGGUGAAGAGUUGGAAGACAUGCUGCAGGCGGGGUGCGGGGGCAGCCUGCUCCGGAGAGUGUGUCUGCUCGUGCACUGAAUAAAAAACAAACUUGAUCAUUUUAUUUCUGAUUAGAUUUUAUCAUUCUCUGCUGAGACAAUAAAAUUUGAAACCUAAGGGAAAGCUUGAUUUACUUUAAAUACUGUGAAUUCUAAAUGAUGUGGAAAAUAUUUUUCAACCUUUAAUUUUCUGAGGUAUAAUUUAUUUAUGUAAAUUCUUGUUUUUGCAUAUUUCAUAGGACAUGCAUCUUUAAGCUUUGUCAUUGCCAAUAUGUA